AUGACGGAAGCUCUCCCCCACGGCAUCGUCUUCAACACCCACAGCAUCCGCUCGGAGCUCAACCACGAUUCCCACGUCGAGGUUGAAGAUGUGGCCAGGCUGUGGAGAGUCUAUACGACGAACAAGACCACUCUGGAGAAAGAUGCGGGUAGACGGCUGGAGAACCUCUUCUGGAGGAUAUGGAGUAAUGGUCAGAUAAGCUGCACGAUCCGUGGCUAUACUCUGGCCUCACUCUUCAUCCAGAUCUCGGAGAGAGAGUACACCACUGAGGAGUGGCUGAGGAAGGAGAGAGAGCUUGCAGGCCUCAAACCUAGAGCUAUUCCACACGGGUUUUAUGUCGACAACUCGUUACCCAAAUUACCUUCCUUUCAGGGGCCAAGCAGAAGUAACAGCUCCAGACUCACGCCCUCAGGCAGCAGUGUGAAAACCCAGCUUCCACCGUCCAUCCUGAAGAAACCGCGGCCACCGUCCGACGAACAGCUGACCGACUCGCCGUCGAAGGAGGGCGUCAUAGCAUCCCACUCUGGAGACAGCCUCUGCCAACACUCUGAUCUAUCACGACCCGGCUCCAUCAGAAGGAAGAAAACCGCCUUUGCCAGUAACCUCACCAGCUCACUAGAGGUGGAUCCCGGCUCUCCCCAAAGAAGGAUUGCUAAGCCCUUCCCCGUGCGAACCCUCGAGAGCUCUGCGGAGCUUCAACCUCAGUCGCCUCCAGCCAAGUUUAGGGGGCCAUUCGACGACAGUCCUGCCGAAUCCCCUACUUCAAGGCCAGCCAAUCCUACACCCUCUAGUCUAUCGAGAAGGCCUCAGUUUAGAUCUCCCUUCGCCAUGCAGUCGCACUCUCAACCUCAACACGCAAGUUCCUACACCGCUCAAGAUGAGGGGCUGACCGCAAACAUACGGAUGUCUGCAGACAUAACUCCCGCAGAUAAGAAGCUGUUGGAGGAGUACCUCACAAACUCGCCUGUAAUUAUAGACCACAGCCCACUAUCCGAGCAGCCUUCUACUGCCUCUCUGGUCGAAAAGGGCUUCCGCUCCCGCUUCGUUAAGAAACAAGUCAAGGAAAAAGAGCAGUAUCACCACGUGUCUUCUCUUACCAACUUGAUCGAUGGUGUCCAGCCCGGGCCAAACCAUCACCAUAACCCUUCUUCAUCCUCUUCCUCAUCGUCGAAGAAGUCCAAGUCGAAAUCAAAACACUCACCCACCUCCUCUACUUCUUCCACCUCCACCACAGGUAAUGAUAAUAGUAAUAACAGGCCAUCGCCCACGAGACCAGCAGCGAUGUCAGACGCGGCAUCUCCCACCCAUCCCUGA